AAGACUUGUCCCCUCUCUGGUCCACACACACAGAGGAAAACAUUCCUCCUGUCCCUCCCCGUGGUCCGAGGUGGGAACGACAGCUACAGUGUGGCCGAUGACGUAGCGCUGAGGACUGUGUGCGCGAGACUGCCGUCGCACUGGGAGUGGGGGAACGGGAGAAGGAGAGAGCGACGGGUAAAAGAGAGAGAAACAACAAAAAGGGGAGAAGAGAGUGGAAAAAAACGAAGCAAGCUGACCAGCACAAGCGGGUUUGCCGUGGCUUGCUGGUCGGACUCGGCGGAGCUGUUGUUCUUUCUAUAUCAAGUCGUUUGCUUCCGUUCUCUUGUGUCUUAUCGUGCUAAUUCCAGUCCUGCACCCCGGUCUGUUGGGUUAAUGCGUGGAGGAAACGGAGCCAACGACACUCCGGGGUUACUGCCGUGGACCCGUUUUAAAUUACUUUGUUAUUGUUAGCCUGCUAGCUCGCUGGCUACAUAUACUGGCAAGCAAAGAAAAAAAGCGGUGGAGUCUAGGGCCUGGUUUUAGUGUCGAAGAAAGGGAUAGGGGGGGCUAAGAUAGCGAGAGUUUUAGCAAGCUAUUAUUUGAAACGCUGUUGGCGCAUUUCCUAGAAAUUUUAUAGGGCUUCCCCUAGCUAGCAAGUUUACAAGCUAACCCUUUCUGGUACAACAUAGUUGCAAGUAACGUUACGUUUGUUGUGGUAGGUAGACAAAAUUACCGUAAAGCAUGCAUCCAGUUCAGUUGUAGCUGACAACUACACUGAAACUGCUUACAAAUAUAUUGGCUGACACUGGCUAAUGUUCAUGAAUUUCAUAAACGUCUGAUCACUGUGGUUCAAUGUAAAAUAAAAGUGUUCUCGUAUUGGCUAUUAAGUGAACGUUUUAUUUGUUAGUGAAAGAUGUACUGAUGUCCGUUGUUUACAUCGCAGCUUUUGAAAACAAUGCACUCGUGUAACAAGCCACUUUGAACCACCGCGGUUUGGCUUCUGGAUGUAGUCGUAUUUACAUCUGUCGUUGUUUUCUUUGAUUUUUUUUUUGUUUGGUUUGUAAAUAUUUUUUUCACACGGGGCGCCUCGGAUUUCCUCCAUCUGCAGAAAGGCACAUGAGCGAGAGAGUCGCUUUGUACUCGCUACCCGUUUAGCUAGCUAGCAAGCUAGUGCGUGUUUUCGCUGACAUUUAUAUCUUGGGGCAGAUAUUAAUUGAAACAGGCUAACGUUUCCCCGUGGAGAUUUUGUGUGCAGGAUUCCCCUCUAACUAUUGAACCAACUCUUGCUUUAAUUUUUUUCGACCCGUGCCGAGGUGUUUUUUCUCAUUUUAUAUAUUUUAUAUUCAAUAUUUUUUCCUCAUAUCCCUUGUAGCUAGCUAAUUGUUAAAACUCGGUUGCGUGCGAAGACGGCGAGGUUCUUCCUGAAACUAUGGAUGAUCAGACCCGUAUGAUUGCGGGUCUCGUCGGAAUCGGCGGAUUAUCGCAAGCCGAUGUGGGCGACCCAGACUCGGUUCGGAAACAGUCUCUCGGGCAACCCCAGCAAGACAUCGGGGAUAUUCUUCAACAGAUCAUGGCUAUUACGGACGAGAGCCUCGACGAAGCACAGGCCAGAUGCUGGCCAGAGGAGGCGCCGGCGCGCUGGGCCGGAGCUGACGAGCCCGCAGAGGGAGGGGGCGCAGGGGGGGGCGCCGAGGGGGCCCUGCCACUCAACUUCCAGUACAGGAAGCACGCCCUGAACUGCCACAGAAUGAAACCGGCCCUCUUCAGCGUCCUGUGUGAGAUCAAGGAGAAAACAGUGCUCAGUAUUCGGGGGGUACAGGACGAGGACCCGCCGGACCCCCAGAUCAUGCGUCUGGACAACAUGCUGCUGGCGGAGGGCGUGUCCGGGCCGGAGAAGGGCGGGGGCUCAGCGGCGGCGGCAGCAGCAGCGGCGGCCGCAGGGGGGUCGCCGAACGACGGCAGCAUCGAGCACUCGGACUACCGGGCGAAACUCGCCCAGAUCCGCCAGAUAUACCACUCCGAGCUGGAGAAAUACGAACAGGCCUGCAGUGAGUUCACUAACCACGUGAUGAACCUGCUGCGGGAGCAGAGCCGAACCCGGCCCAUCUCGCCCAAGGAGAUCGAGCGCAUGGUGGCCAUCAUCCACCGCAAGUUCAGCUCCAUCCAGAUGCAGCUCAAACAGAGCACCUGCGAGGCCGUCAUGAUCCUGCGCUCACGCUUCCUCGACGCCAGGCGUAAGAGACGCAACUUCAACAAGCAGGCCACAGAGGUGCUGAAUGAGUACUUCUACUCCCACCUGUCCAACCCCUACCCCAGCGAGGAGGCCAAGGAGGAGCUCGCCAAGAAGUGCGCCAUCACAGUCUCUCAGGUCUCGAACUGGUUCGGCAACAAGAGAAUCCGCUACAAGAAGAACAUUGGUAAGUUCCAGGAGGAGGCCAACCUGUACGCAGUUAAAACUGCAGUGGAUGCAGCCAGCGUUUCUGCCCAGGCCAGCCAGGCCAGCUCUCCAGCCACGCCCAACUCAGGCGGAUACCCUGCUCCCUGCUACACACCUGAUGGGCGGUUAUGAGGAGCUGCCAGAGACCUGCACCCCACACCGCCUGGGAUUUGCAGGACAGCACCAACCCUUCCCCUCAUUUCCCAGAAGCCCUCAUUCUGACACCAAACCCGCCCAACAACAUCUAUCCAAUGUAACUGCCCCUCACACUUGCCCCUGCCCCACCCUCUGACCCCCACCACUGACAGACACUCGAAUGCAGGACGGUCGGUCAAAUGCACACAGUCAGCCACACCCACCGGAUUCUAGCCUGGUGAUUGGACGGCGAGCAGGAACCCUCCUGCAGGAGGGCCGGUUAGAGAGACUGAAGAGGCGGAGCAACACCACGCCUCCCAACACCCUGAGGAGCUCCCCUCUCUCUUUCCACCACUUACGCUCUGUACUUCCUGUGAUGCAUUUCCUGCUCAAGGGGGGGGGGGUGUGCGUACACGUAUGGUGUCUGUCUGUGUGUGUGUGUGUGUGUGUGUGAUAGAGUGAUAGAGUGAUCAGGGAUGUGAGCUUGCAUGUAUGCACCCCAUGUUCACCACAAAAACAACUAUUCUGUUUACUGUGCUUACACACACUCACACACACAGCCCAAAACGGCACCGGUCAGUGUCAUGAACAUGCACACCGCUUCAACAAUGACAUGAUUCUGGUCUCGCUGUUACCAUGGAGACCCUGUCAUCCUCCCCUUGUAUCAAAGGGGUAGAGAGCGAGAGAGAGAGAGAGGGGGGGA